AAGUUCGUGCUCCGUCAAGCGCCGCCGGUGAUUUCGCACACUCUGCUUGCUGCAGCUCCCGGGAAAGCCAACCCUCUCCGUUCCAGGCGUGAGAGGAGCUUUCCCCUGGAUCGAGGACCACCUCCGAGAUUUUCGCUGCCAAGAAUCUUGGGUUUCGCCGAACUCACGGGCACCAAAUGGCAUAGGUACAACUUUGAAGGCCAUGGGGACUGUGGGCCCAUCAUUUCAGCUCCAGCCCAGGAUGAUCAUUUCCUGCUCACCUUCAUCCCCUGCCUGCAGGCCAACCUGCUGUGUGUGUGGUGCCGGGACGUCAAACCCGACUGCGAGGAGCUCUGGAUAUUCUGGUGGGGGGACGAGCCCAGCCUGGUCAGUGUCAUCCACCGCGAGCUGCACAGGAUCUCAGUCUAAACAAGAAUUGGUGACCCCUGGACGUGUGAAACUGAUGGUCACCCCAAGAGUGACCAUGGAAUCUAGCCUGGAGCUGAAGAAAUGAGACCGUGAAGAUGGGCAGAGUUCACAGCCAAGACGAACAGGAGAACCUGUUGGACUUUCCUGGAGAUUGUGUCCAGAGACCGCAGAGCAGCAGAGCUGCACAGCUGGAUCCACAAGGACACUGCCUAGAGGUACUGUUAUUUUUUCCCUUCCUGAAGAUCCUGCCAUUCGCAAAAGGUGGGAGGAAAGUUGGGAAAAUGUACCUUCGGAAGCUCAGGUUCCGUUUACUGCAUCAGAGGAGAAAGUUAUUAAACUCUGGUGCAGAUGGGGACGCAGGGACGGUAUUCCUCAUUGUCUGUGGGAGAGACGGUGUUAUGAGUUCUUCAGAUGGGCAAAAUUUCAUAGACUUGUUACAAAUGUCGUAUACUCCCUUGAUUUAGGUUUUUGGGAGUUCAUGAACGCUGCUUUUACGUGGACAAUAGUCCAGGGUGUUUAUCCCCAAUGAUGCAUGCAGUGCAUGUACUGAUUUAUGGCGUUAUCUUGAAAUGGGGACGGGCUGCGGGGGACAUCAUGGCUCGGGUGCGCAGUCGCGUUCUGUCCCUGCCAGCUUCAGCACGAGAGAAGCCUCUCAAAGAAGGCGAACCGCGAGUUUGCAGCCCCCCCGCCCUGCCCACAGCUGAGCAAAAGUUUUUCUCUGCUCCCUCGGAGCAAACAGAGCUGCCUUCCCCGCCCACUCCUUCUCUUGGGGGGGAUGGGGAGCCGGCCCCGCCGCUUUCCGGGCCGGCCCCGCCCGCUUUGCCGCGGAAUUCUCCGCUUCCCCCACCCUGGGAGGGGGCGGAUCCGAUUCCGUCUCAGCCAGCCCCGCAGGAGGCGCCGGACCCUGCGGCUCCGCCUCAGCCGGCUCCGCCCGCUGCCCUGCAGCCGCCCGGGCCAGCUCCGCCGGCUCUGAUGACUGCGCCUGCGCCGCGGCACCCGGAACCGCCUCCCGCCGAUCCGCCCGUGUUGCCAGGCAAUGCGAUCAACAACAGUGAUUCCCCGGCUGUGCUGCUGUCCCCGGGAGCUGCAGGAGCUGCCUCCGUGUCUUCUUCCUCUGCAUCACCGCCGGCAACUGAACUCGCAACGGUGCAGGCGGCGCCGGCGCGGGCCGACCCCGUUCUGAGCCCGCCGCCCCCGCCUGUCCCGCCGCUCCCUGCUGAUCCAAUUGCAGUGCAAGAGCUUGCUGAGAAUGGUGCUGAGCCCACGGGACCACCUCAAGAGUCGACACCAGCGCCCGUGCUGCCCGCACCGCCCAACCCAGUUGUCCCGCUGGUUUUCGAAGCUCCGUCAUUCGCAUCAGACCCUGCGAAGAGCCUGUCCUUCCGUGGAGGAGGCGUGGCCCUCCAGCUAACUGCAGGAGCAGUUCGGCUGGCUGUGUUCAAAAUUAGUAUGGUUUCUGGGUCAUUUCGUGUGUGGUCGGGGGCUUCUCCCUGGGGGUUGGGGUGCCUGCCUUCCCCUGAGCACCCCAGCGGCGUGGGGGAGUUGGCUCCUGUGGUAUCUGCCUCUAGUUCCCAGCCCAGUGGGGAUGGGGGUGGUGCUGAGGGGCAGAAAGCAGGAGAAGUGGCAUUUGCAUUGCAGGAGCAAGAGAAACAGAGCAAAGCAAGCAUUGCUCGCUUGCUCUGGGGACAAGAAACCCUCAGAUCUGGGAUGACAAUUCCUGAGAAAGCUUCUCUUCCCGAGCUGCCGGUGUGCACCGGUGCUGCUGGGGGGAGGAAGCAUUGGGUCAUUUCUGCUCUGAAGACACUGGCAGCAUGGUCCUGCCAGGUUCUGAGCAUGCAGAGCCCGCCUCACAGGCUGGUUCUGGACCAUUUGGCUCAUUUCCCUGGGCCGGGGCCACUGCCCCGCCCAGUGCUCAGUUUGGGGACUUUGCUUUCCCCACAGGGACCUGGGCCACCAUUCUGUGAGCCAGGUCUGGGUUCUCUGGUCCGUCCACCAGGACCAGGGCCACCGAAUGGUCCUAGAGACCCUCUGCUGCUGCUCUUCUUCUGAAAAAAAAAAAAAAAAAUAUAUUAAUAAAGAAAAGUGGAAAGAGCUAGCAGCUCAAAAGCAUUGAAAAGCCAAAAAUUAGCCUCAGCCCAAGUGGUUCAAUGAAGGGCUGUGGCCAGGGCAUUCCAGAAAUUUUCUCUGAAUUGUUUCAUGACUGUCGAUGGAUUUUUCAUGAUUCUUGUUUUCUUUAGCAGUUCUUUGUUUCAGAAUUCUGCAAGCCUGUUUCAGGACCAAAGGGGACUUCCAGAGAUGUCAAAGAAGAACAUCUUCAGUCCAUGGACUCUGUCCUGAAACUCAGCUGUUUGGACUCGAAACAAUGAACUUUCUCUGCAUGUGUUUUUUGCAUUUACUUAUUUUUUAAGAUUGUUUUAGUGAUAUGAUAUAAUUAGAUGUUUGAUAAGUGAAGAAUUUCCCUGAAUGUUCUACAGGUGAAGAAUUUCCCUGACCAUUCCACAUCAGCAGAUCAUUGAGAUUUUGAUUGGCAACAGAUGAACCUCAAGAGGUGCUUCUUCUCUCUUCUGCAAGGCCAGUAGAAGAGAUUGCAAACAUUUCUUUUUCUAUUUAAUUUAAUAAAUUUAAAAGGGUGAGAUGUUGCCAUGAUAAUUUAGGGAAAAAGCCUCUGCUAGGAUUUUUCCUGUCCUGAGGAGCUGAGGGCCUCAGGAAAGAAAUGUAAACAAUGGCUAUCUGCUGCUGUGGAAUGCCACGGGUGCAUCUUCCAUUGGUUCAUGUAGGUUGUUUUCAAUCAGUGACCAAUCACAGCCACCUGUGCCAAGGCUGUGAGCAGUCACAGGUUUUUGUUAUUGAUUCCUAUUCUAUUCUUGUCUUUGUAGCCUUCUGAUCUUCUCUCUGUUCUUUUAGUAUAGUUGUAAUGUAGUAUUUUAGUAUAAUAUAUAUCAUAAUAAAUCAGCCUUCAGAUGAAAAUGGAGUAAAGCCUCGUGUCCUCGCACCAGGGAUCUCAGUCUAAACAAGACCAAGCCAGCCAGACCUGCUCCAUGUUCCCUCAGUUCCAUGGGGCCCCACAGGGUCCCAGUAGACCCUUGCUUCCAUGAGGCACUGAGGUGUCAUAAUGGCCCCUUGGUGACACGAGGCCCUGAAGGGGCCUAAUGUUCUCCAUGGUUCCAUCAGGCCUCACAGAGUCAUAAUGGUAUCUGGGGUCCAUGAAGCCUUGCUGUGUCACCAUGGCCCCUCUGUUCCAUGGGCUCCAGUGGUGGCACAAUGAUCCCCUUGGUUCCAUGAGGUCCCCACAGUGUCCCAGUGAUCUCCAUGGGAAGGAAAGAACCGACCCCCAGUGUUGCAGGGGCAGUCACCAGAGGCCAAGGCCAGCUGGACUUGGAGGUACUUGCAGAUUUUGCCUGGGAGCAACCCUUAAAUAUACAGAAUUUUAGAGUUGGAAUCCUAAUUUCAGACAUGGACACCACGAGGAGAAGGAUGGUUCUUUUCCAUGGGAAGGAAAACACGGAACACUAGUGUUUUGGGGGCAGAUGAAAGGUGGUCAUAAGAGGCCGAGGACAGACAGUCUGUCUUUCUUAGUUGGUUUGGUCUGAAAGGAACCCUUGGAUAUAGGGAAUUUGUGUGGUGGAACCCCAAUUUCAGCCAUUUCUGUGUAGACAAGAAGGAUGGUCCAUUUCUAUAGGAAGGAGUGCACAGAGCCCAAGUGUUUCAAAAAUAGAAGAGGAGAGAGAUGGCUCCUGGAAGGCCAAGCCAGCCAGACCUGUUUGUCCUGGCCGCUGUUGUCAGGGAGGACUUCUUGGAUAUAUGGAAUUUGGGAAGAGGAAUCUCAAUUUUGAGCAUGGACACGUGGAGAAGAAGGACAGAUCUGUUUCACCGGAGAGAAAGCACCGAACUCCAGUGUUUGGAAAGCAGAUGAGAGGCAGCCCCCAGAAGGCCAUGGGCAGCCAGACCUUUCUGUCCUGGCAGCUUUCACUUGGGAGAAAUCCUUGGAUGUACAGAGUUUUGGAGGUGCAAUCCCAGUUUUAGCGAUGGGCAACAGGAUCAAAAUGGUUGGUUUUUUUUCCAGUAGGAAAGAAAAGUGUAAAGUCCAAGUGUUCUGGAAGAAGAUGAGAGGUGGCCACCCCUAGGCCAAGCCAGACAGACUGACUCUCCUGGCACUGUUUGUUUAGGGGCUAUCCUUGGCCAUAAGGCAUUUUGGAGGUGGAAUCUCCAUUUUGGCCAUGGGUGCCUGGACAGGAAGAAGAGUUCUUUUCAUUAGGAAGGAAAGCACAGAGCCCCAGGGUUUCCGAGGCAGAUGAGUGCCAACCCUCAGGAAGCCAAGGCCAUCCAGACUUGUCACUCCUGGCAGCUUUUGUCUGGGAGCUAUCCUUGCAUAUGGGGAAUGCUGGAGGCAGAUGCCCAAUUUUGGCUAUGACUGCCUGGUCAAGAUGGAUGUUUUUCCCAUAAGAAAGAGAAGUCCAUGGUCCCAGUCUUCCAAAGGCAGAUGGGAGAUGGCCCCUGGGGGUCCAAGGCAGCCAGAUCUGCCACUCCCAGCAGAUUUCUUCUGGGAACAAUCAUUGCAUAUAAGGAAAUUUGGUGGGGGAAUCCCAUUUUUGGCCAUGGGGCCCUGGAAGAGGACAGUUCUCUCCUACAGAAAGGAAAGCCCAGAGCCCCGGUGCUUCAGGGACAGAUGAGAAGCAGCCCUCAACAUGCCAAGUGUUGGUGACAGAGGAUGACUGGUCAAGGCAAGCACAGUGGAGAGGUUACGUGGACUGUCCAGGGAUGAGUUCUUGUUGUUUACUGCAGGGUCUUGUCUUCAUUAGCCAAGCAUGUGAAAUGUGUUGGUGAAAUGACCAAUGAGGUCCACCUGUAGCACACCAAAGUAUAAAAGAAGAGAAUUGAAUAAACUGGUGGAUUUUAGCCCUUA